AAACACAACGGUUGCGCUUCAAUUUCAAAUUUUGAUAUCUAUCGAUAACAACGCAAAUUCUCUCUCACCACCAAAGGAGUAAUGGCCAAACAAACGAAUUUGGACACACAUACGGAACAGAUGCUGGGAGAUUUGGAAGACCUUAAGAAUUGGUUCCAACAGAAUGAGAAGCUCCCGCAGGAAAUUGAACCGUUGUUGCUGCGACGUUUCUAUCAAUGCAUGUACGGAAAUCUGGAGGAUACCAAAAAACUCAUCGAGGUUAACUAUGCCCUGCGCCAAAAGCAUCCACAUUUGUUCAUCCAAAGGGAUCCCCUAGAUGAUGAUAGUCGUCGGACCUUUGAUUAUGCAGAUAUUAUACCACUGCCGGGUCUAACACCGGAAAAGUACAAGGUCUCACUAUAUCGUUUUAGAGACUUUGAACCGUCCAAGAUGCAUCACACCGAGGAUACGCGUGCAUUUUUUAUGGUCGCUGAUUGUCGUUUCAUUACCGUUGAUGAUCCAGCCAAUGAUGAGGUUUUGUCGGAAGGUGAAGUGCAAAUUUUUGAUAUGAAAGGAACCACAAUGCGCCAUAUAUCGCGCUUGACCAUUAGUACGCUGCGCGCCUAUGUUAAAUUUUUGCAAUUGGCUUUCCCUGUGCGACUUCGUGCCAUUCAUAUGGUCAAUUGUCCUACUUAUUUGGACCGUAUUAUAAGUGUGGUAAAGCCUUUUAUUAGUGAUGAGGUGUAUAAAUUGAUACGCUUUCACACUACCAAUAUAGAGACGUUGUAUGAUUCUGUACCCCGCGAGAUGCUGCCAGAAGAGUAUGGUGGAACUGCUGGAUCCUUGGACAAAUUGCGGGAACAGACGCAAAAGAUUUUGCUUGAUAAAAGAGACUAUCUAAUGGAUCCGAAGCAGUGGGUUGUUGAAAAGACUGAAAAGCGCAACGGUCAAUCAUCGUCGUGGAGAAUAUUCAAAUGAAAAUCUUACAUGCUGAAUGGCAAAUGACAAAAAUGUUAUAUUUUUUAUGUUUUGUUUUUGUAGCUAAUCAAAUAAUUUUGGUAUUUGUUCAUAUACAUUUUAUUUAUGUAUUGUCAGUUCCUCAAGUGUACUAAACUGGGUUGUACCCCAAAAUCAUAAACGUAUUAUAUAUAUAUAUAUAUAUUUAUUAAGUUCGGCAAAGGAUCAAAUAUAGUUGUAAUUGUUAUAAUGUUUAGCAAAAAUAAACAAAAUUUUUUGUUUUAAAAAACGGUCAUGCAAAAACUACUGAGAAACAUUUUAAAUCCCAACGCUUUCAGCUAACGGUUAAUAGGACUAAAGUCAGUUACAAAAAAAGGUAUCGCACUUGAUAGUUAUCGACGGCCUUUAUAACCAAUUUUUAUCGCCAUCAACAACAGUAAUCGAUAAGUUAAGAAGGUCAUCUCUAAUGGUUGGGACUUUUGCGUGUGGAGUGUAACAAUAACAACAAUUCAAUAAAGAAAUCGUAUAUAGAUUUAAGAGAAGCUUAAACACACACACGAAGAAUAUGGAGCGUCCUCAGAAAAUGCCCAAGGUGGCUAAGGU